UUUUCAGUCUGUUACAUUUGAACUAAGAAGACAAAUCACACAGAGCUUUGCAAUACCGUUUGGUCUAUAUGGUUAUGACUUUAAACAGCCGAAGGAGGUGGUGUUUCAUUUCAAAAUAUGAGGCCAGAUGGACCGUAUUCCUCACCAUAUUAUAUGUAUGGUGCAUUGUUUGUGGAGGUACAACCUCCAUAACACCAACAACACCAAUUUCAACAGCCAGUGAAGUUUGUAUAAUAAGAACUAAAGCAUCUCUUACCACAGCUAUGACCCUCAAACAAAAUACAUGCAUAGCUGCGACUUUCACAACUACAUCUCCAACAACUACUGAUUCAAUAUCAAUUGCAUCUACAACUGAGGCUCCUACAGAAAAUGUAUCUUCAGCAACAGCUACAGGUCAAACAGCAAUGUCAUUUUCAAUGACAACAGAAACUGGAGCUUUCACAACCACAGAUGUGAUCCCCACAACCACUCUCAUAUUCUCACCAAGUACAAAUGCACCAUCAACAGCAACAAAUGCUGCUUUAACAACAACAGCACCAUCAACAGAAACUGAAGCUUCCACAACCAUAGAUGUCAUUCCCACAACCACACAUAUAUCCUCACCAAGUACAACAAUAGCACCAUCAUCAGAAACCAACGCUUCCACAACCAUAGAGGUGACCCCCACAACCACACUUAUAUCCUCACCAAGUACAACUACACUUUCAACAGUAACAAAUGCUGCUUCAACAACAACAGCACCAUCAACAGAAACUGAAGCUUCCACAGCAAUAGAUGUAAUCCCCACAACUACUCUCAUAUCCUCACCAAGUACAACAGCCCCAUCAACAGAAACUGAGGUUUCCACAACAAAGAGCAACAAAUGCUCCUGCUUCAUCAACAACAGCACCAUCAACAGAAACGGAAGCUUCCACAACCAUAGAGGUGACUACCACAACCACUCUCAUAUCCUCACCAACAAACAAAUGCUGCUGCUUUUCAUCAACAACAGCACCAUCAACAGAAACGGAAGCUUCCACAACCAUAGAGGUGACCCCCAAUACCACUCUCAUAUCCUCACCAAGUACAACUGCACAAUCAACAACAAAUGCUCCUGCUUCAUCAACAACAGCACCAUCAACAGAAACGGAAGCUUCCACAACCAUAGAGGUGACUACCACAACCACUCUCAUAUCCUUACCAACAACAAAUGCUGCUUCAUCAACAACAGCACCAUCAACAGAAACGGAAGCUUCCACAACCAUAGAGGUGACCCCCACAACCACUCUCAUAUCCUCACCAAGUACAACAGCACGCCAACAGAAACUGAAGUUUCCUCAACCAAAGAGAAAUGUCUGCUCAACAACAACAAUUCCACUGUCUUCAACAAAACUGAAGCUUCUACUACCAAAGCUGUGAACCCCACAAAAACUCUUAUAUCAUCAGCAACUGCACCUACAACAACAACAAAUGCUGCUACAGCACAAUCUUUGACCACUGAAGGUUAUACAACCACUGCUGUGAACCCCACAACCACUCUUAUUUCUUCAGAAUCUAAAACAACAGCUUCUCCAACAACAUCAUUGUCAACAACAAAUAAAGCUACAACCACCACAGCAGUGAAUCCCACAAUAACGCCUGUAUUCUCAGUACCUACAGCAACAGAAAAUGCUGCUCCAACAGAGACACCCUUGUCAACAAUUAAAAGUGAAGCUUAUACAACCACAGCUGUGACCCCCACAACCACAAUCAUAUCUUCACCAACUGCGACUGCACAAUCUUCAACAACUGAAGCUUCAACAAUCGCAGCCAGAAACCCCACAACCAUGCCUGUAUUCUCUCUACAUCCAGUGACAGAAAAUGUUGCUCCAACAACAACUCCACGGCCUUCGACAACUGAAGCUUCUACUACCAAAGCUGUGAACCCCACAACCACUCUUAUAUCCUCAGCAACUGCACCUACAACCACAACAAAUGCUGCUACAGCACAAUCUUUGACCACUGAAGGUUAUACAACCACAGCUGUGAACCCCACAACCACUCUUAUUUCUUCAGAAUCUAAAACAACAACUUCUCCAACAACACCAUUGUCAACAACAAAUAAAGCUACAACCACCACAGCAGUGAAUCCCACAAUAACGCCUGUAUUCUCAGUACCUGCAGCAACAGAAAAUGCUGCUCCAACAGAGACACCCUUGUCAACAAUUAAAAGUGAAGCUUAUACAACCACAGCUGUGACCCCCACAACCACAAUCAUAUCUUCUCCAACUGCAACUGCACAAUCUUCAACAACUGAAGCUUCAACAAUCGCAGCCAGAAACCCCACAACCAUGCCUGUAUUCUCUCUACAUCCAGUGACAGAAAAUGUUGCUCCAACAACAACUCCACGGCCUUCGACAACUGAAGCUUCUACUACCAAAGCUGUGAACCCCACAACCACUCUUAUAUCCUCAGCAACUGCACCUACAACCACAACAAAUGCUGCUACAGCACAAUCUUUGACCACUGAAGGUUAUACAACCACAGCUGUGAACCCCACAACCACCCUUAUUUCUUCAGAAUCUAAAACAACAGCUUCUCCAACAACACCAUUGUCAACAACAAAUAAAGCUACAACCACCACAGCAGUGAAUCCCACAAUAACGCCUGUAUUCUCAGUACCUACAGCAACAGAAAAUGCUGCUCCAACAGAGACACCCUUGUCAACAAUUAAAAGUGAAGCUAAUACAACCACAGCUGUGACCCCCACAACCACAAUCAUAUCUUCACCAACUGCAACUGCACAAUCUUCAACAACUGAAGCUUCAACAAUCGCAGCCAGAAACCCCACAACCAUGCCUGUAUUCUCUCUACAUCCAGUGACAGAAAAUGUUGCUCCAACAACAACUCCACGGCCUUCGACAACUGAAGCUUCUACUACCAAAGCUGUGAACCCCACAACCACUCUUAUAUCCUCAGCAACUGCACCUACAACAACAACAAAUGCUGAAACAGCACAACAUUUGACAACUGAAGGUUAUAAAACCACAACUGAUAGCCCCACAACCACAGAAAAUGCUGCUCCAACAAAGACACCAUCUUCAGCAAUAACAACGGAAGCUUAUACAACCACAGCUGGGAACCCCACCACCAUGCCUGUGUUCUCUGCACCUCCAGCAACAGAAAAUGCUGCUUCAACAACAACUCCAUUGUCUUUGACAACUAACGCUUCUGCUACCCAAGCUGUGAACCCUACAACCACUCAGAUAUCAUCAGAAACCAAAAUAACAGCAAAAGCUGCUCCAACAACACCAUUGUCAACAACAAAUGAAACUUUAACAACCAAAGCAAUAAACCCCACAACCAUGCCUGUGUUCCCAGAACCUACAACUGCACCUCCAGCAACAGAAAAUGUGGCUCUAGCAACAACAGCACGGUCUUCAACAAAGGAAGCUUCUACAACCACAGCUGUGAAUCCUACAACCAUGUCUGUAUUUCCAGAACCUACAACAAAUACUGCACCACCAACAACAGCAGUAACUUCAACAACUGACGCUUCUACAAUUACAGACCUGUACCCCACAUCCACACCUUUCUCCUCAGCAAAUACAAGUCCACCGAUAAGAACAAUAAGUGCUGCUCCAACACCCUCCUCAGUCACUAAAGCUUAUACAACCACAGAUGUGGCACCCACUUCCUUGCAUGUUUUCUCAGGACCUACAAUUGCACCUCCAGCAACAGAAAAUGGUGUCCUUACCUCAACACUUCCUUCAAUAUCUUCAACUUCUCUUGUAUCACCAAGCACAACAACCGUAUCUCCAACCACAAUACCACUUUUCACAAAAAACAUAACUGCUGCAGAAACAACAUUUGUUACACCCACAACCAUACCAAUGUUGUCAGAAUUUACAAAAUCAUUUCUAACAACCACAUCUUUGCUAAAUGCAACAACAAAUGCAGUGACUCUGACUAGUCUUUCAGAAACACAAAAUCCAGCUCCAACUGCAUUUGUAUCUCAAAGCACAAAAACUGUGUCUUUAGCAACCACUGCACCAACCAUAAUAAUUGCAACUCAAGAAACCACUAUCCCAUUGUCAAUGUCAGCUACUGGUAUUUCGGCAAUUACAAGUGUGACUCCAAUGAGUACGUCUGGAGCUACAACAAGUGUUCCUAUAAACUCAGCUGCUACAAUUGCAUCAAUUCAAACAACAGCAGUGGUGGCAAGCAAACUGCUAUUCAACUCCUCAUUUCCAGUACUCAGUGAAUCUCAGGUCCUCAGUGUUAUCACUAAUCUCCUGAAAUCCAGAGAGUCACAGCUCAGAGAAUCAUUGAAGGUUGUGAAUUUUACCUAUGAAAAAAUCUCAGAAACCUCAUAUGCUGUGGUCUUCACAUUUAACCUGGUUAACAUCAGCAUGUCAGAAGACCCUGAUCUCAGAGGCAACACCUACCAGCAAGUGAAGGAUAUCAUCAAUAAUGCGCUGAACACUCUUCUGAAUGAACCUGGCAAGGACAUUUUUGAACCCAAAUCUUCCAAUUUUACGAGCUCUUCAAACCAGAUUGAUGGCAUGAUGGACUACAGCUUCCAGGAUGGAGAUGCCAUACAACCAGUCAGCUUCCUAAAUGAGCUACAUCUGCCAACCACUACAACAGUUCUUCCAGAAACAACAGUCGUUUUCUCUGUGACCCCUUCAAAAGUCAUAUCUGGUACAGCAGUGGUCAGAAGCAAGCUGGUGUUCAACUCCUCAUCUCCAGUCCCCAGUGAAGCUCUGGUCCUCAGCGCUAUCAACACUCUCCGUCGUUCCAGAGAGUCACAGCUGAAUGAAUCAGUGAAGGUGGUGAAUGUCACCUAUGAGAAAAUCUCGGAAACCUCCUAUUCUGUUGUCUUUACAUUUAACCUGGUUAACAUCAGCAUGCCAGAGGACCCUGAGUGCAGAGACGAUACCUACCCGCAAGUGCAGGAUAUCAUCAAUACCGCGCUGAACACUCUUCUGAAUGAACCUGGCAAGGACAAGUUUGAACCCAAAUCUUCCAAUUUUAGGAGGUCUUCAAACCAGAUUGAUGGCAGGAUGGACUACAGCUUCCAGGAUGGAGAUGCCAUACAACCAGUCAGCUUCCUAAAUGAGCUACAUCUGCCAACCACUACAACAGUUCUUCCAGAAACAACAGUCGUUUUCUCUGUGACCCUUUCAAAUCUCAUAUCUGGUACAGCAGUGAUCACAAGCAAGCUGGUGUUCAACUCCUCAUCUCCAGUCCCCAGUGAAGCUCUGGUCCUCAGCGCUAUCAACACUCUCCGUAAGUCCAGAGAGUCACAGCUGAAUGAAUCAGUGAAGGUGGUGAAUGUCACCUAUGAGAAAAUCUCGGAAACCUCCUAUUCUGUGGUCUUUACAUUUAACCUGGUUAACAUCAGCAUGCCAGAGGACCCUGAGCGCAGAGACAAUACCUACCCGCAAGUGCUGGAUAUCAUCAAUAACGCGCUGAACACUCUUCUGAAUGAACCUGGCAAGGACAAGUUUGAACCCAAAUCUUCCAAUUUUAGGAGCUCUUCAAACCAGAUUGAUGGCAGGAUGGACUACAGCUUCCAGGAUGGAGAUGCCAUACAACCAAUCAGCUUCCUAAAUGAGCUACGUCUGCCAACCACUACAACAAUGCUUCCAGAAGCAACAACCGGUUUCUCUGUGACCCUUUCAAAUCUCAUAUCUGGUUCAGCAGUGGUCAGAAGCAAGCUGGUGUUCAACUCCUCAUCUCCAGUCCCCAGUGAAGCUCUGGUCCUCAGCGCUAUCAACACUCUCCGUCGUUCCAGAGAGUCACAGCUGAAUGAAUCAGUGAAGGUGGUGAAUGUCACCUAUGAGAAAAUCUCGGAAAACUCCUAUUCUGUGGUCUUUACAUUUAACCUGGUUAACUUCAGCAUGCCAGAGGACCCUGAGCGCAGAGACAAUACCUACCCGCAAGUGCUGGAUAUCCUCAAUAAUGCGCUGAACACUCUUCUGAAUGAACCUGGCAAGGACAAGUUUGAACCCAAAUCUUCCAAUUUUACGAGCUCUUCAAACCAGAUUGAUGGCAGGAUGGACUACAGCUUCCAGGAUGGAGAUGCCAUACAACCAGUCAGCUUCCUAAAUGAGCUACGUCUGCCAACCACUACAACAGUUCUUCCAGAAACAACAACUGGUUUCUCCGUGACCCUUUCAAAUCUCAUAUAUGGUACAGCAGUGAUCACAAGCAAGCUGGUGUUCAACUCCUCAUCUCCAGUCCCCAGUGAAGCUCUGGUCCUCAGCGCUAUCAACACUCUCCGUAAUUCCAGAGAGUCACAGCUGAAUGAAUCAGUGAAGUUGGUGAAUGUCACCUAUGAGAAAAUCUCGGAAACCUCCUAUUCUGUGGUCUUUACAUUUAACCUGGUUAACAUCAGCAUGCCAGAGGACCCUGAGCGCAGAGACAAUACCUACCCGCAAGUGCUGGAUAUCAUCAAUAACGCGCUGAACACUCUUCUGAAUGAACCUGGCAAGGACAAGUUUGAACCCAAAUCUUCCAAUUUUAGGAGCUCUUCAAACCAGAUUGAUGGCAGGAUGGACUACAGCUUCCAGGAUGGAGAUGCCAUACAACCAAUCAGCUUCCUAAAUGAGCUACGUCUGCCAACCACUACAACAAUGCUUCCAGAAGCAACAACCGGUUUCUCUGUGACCCUUUCAAAUCUCAUAUCUGGUACAGCAGUGGUCACAAGCAAGCUGGUGUUCAACUCCUCAUCUCCAGUCCCCAGUGAAGCUCUGGUCCUCAGCGCUAUCAACACUCUCCGUAAUUCCAGAGAGUCACAGCUGAAUGAAUCAGUGAAGGUGGUGAAUGUCACCUAUGAGAAAAUCUCGGAAAACUCCUAUUCUGUGGUCUUUACAUUUAACCUGGUUAACUUCAGCAUGCCAGAGGACCCUGAGCGCAGAGACAAUACCUACCCGCAAGUGCUGGAUAUCAUCAAUAACGCGCUGAACACUCUUCUGAAUGAACCUGGCAAGGACAUGUUUGAACCCAAAUCUUCCAAUUUUACGAGCUCUUCAAACCAGAUUGAUGGCAGGAUGGACUACACCUUCCAGGAUGGAGAUGUCAUACAACCAGUCAGCUUCCUAAAUGAGCUACGUCUGCCAACCACUACAACAGUUCUUCCAGAAACAACAACCGGUUUCUCUGUGACCCUUUCAAAUCUCAUAUCUGGUUCAGCAGUGUUCACAAGCAAGCUGGUGUUCAACUCCUCAUCUCCAGUCCCCAGUGAAGCUCUGGUCCUCAGCGCUAUCAACACUCUCCGUCAUUCCAGAGAGUCACAGCUGAAUGAAUCAGUGAAGGUGGUGAAUGUCACCUAUGAGAAAAUCUCGGAAACCUCCUAUUCUGUGGUCUUUACAUUUAACCUGGUUAACAUCAGCAUGCCAGAGGACCCUGAGCGCAGAGACAAUACCUACCCGCAAGUGCUGGAUAUCAUCAAUAACGCGCUGAACACUCUUCUGAAUGAACCUGGCAAGGACAUGUUUGAACCCAAAUCUUCCAAUUUUACGAGCUCUUCAAACCAGAUUGAUGGCAGGAUGGACUACACCUUCCAGGAUGGAGAUGCCAUACAACCAGUCAGCUUCCUAAAUGAGCUACGUCUGCCAACCACUACAACAGUUCUUCCAGAAACAACAACUGGUUUCUCUGUGACCCUUUCAAAUCUCAUAUAUGGUACAGCAGUGAUCACAAGCAAGCUGGUGUUCAACUCCUCAUCUCCAGUCCCCAGUGAAGCUCUGGUCCUCAGCGCUAUCAACACUCUCCGUCGUUCCAGAGAGUCACAGCUGAAUGAAUCAGUGAAGGUGGUGAAUGUCACCUAUGAGAAAAUCUCGGAAACCUCCUAUUCUGUGGUCUUUACAUUUAACCUGGUUAACAUCAGCAUGCCAGAGGACCCUGAGCGCAGAGACAAUACCUACCCGCAAGUGCUGGAUAUCAUCAAUAACGCGCUGAACACUCUUCUGAAUGAACCUGGCAAGGACAAGUUUGAACCCAAAUCUUCCAAUUUUACGAGCUCUUCAAACCAGAUUGAUGGCAGGAUGGACUACAGCUUCCAGGAUGGAGAUGCCAUACAACCAGUCAGCUUCCUAAAUGAGCUACGUCUGCCAUCCACUACAACAGUUCUUCCAGAAACAACAACCGGUUUCUCUGUGACCCCCUCAAAAAUCAUAUCUGGUUCAGCAGUGGUCACAAGCAAGCUGGUGUUCAACUCCUCAUCUCCAGUCCCCAGUGAAGCUCUGGUCCUCAGCGCUAUCAACACUCUCCGUCAUUCCAGAGAGUCACAGCUGAAUGAAUCAAUGAAGGUGGUGAAUGUCACCUAUGAGAAAAUCUCGGAAACCUCCUAUUCAUUGGUCUUUACAUUUAACCUGGUUAACAUCAGCAUGCCAGAGGACCCUGAUCGCAGAAACAAUACCUACCCGCAAGUGCUGGAUAUCAUCAAUAACGCGCUGAACACUCUUCUGAAUGAACCUGGCAAGGACAAGUUUGAACCCAAAUCUUCCAAUUUUACGAGGUCUUCAAACCAGAUUGAUGGCAGGAUGGACUACACCUUCCAGGAUGGAUAUGCCAUACAACCAGUCAGCUUCCUAAAUGAGCUACGUCUGCCAUCCACUACAACAGUUCUUCCAGAAACAACAACAAUCGGUUUCUCUGUGACCCCUUCAAAUCUCAUAUCUGUUACAGCAGUGGUCACAAGCAAGCUGGUGUUCAACUCCUCAUCUCCAGUCCCCAGUGAAGCUCUGGUCCUCAGCGCUAUCAACACUCUCCGUCAUUCCAGAGAGUCACAGCUGAAUGAAUCAGUGAAGGUGGUGAAUGUCACCUAUGAGAAAAUUUCGGAAUCUUCCUAUGCUGUCAUUUUUAAAUUUAAUAUGAGUGACAUUAGUAUGCCAAUGGACUCUGGACUCAGAAACAACAUCUACCUGCAAGUACAGGAUACUAUCAAUAAAGCGAUAAACACUCUUCUGAAUGAACCUAGCAGUCCAGCUUUACAACCCAACUCAUCCAACUUUAAGAGUCCAUUAAAUCAGAUUGAGGGCAGUAUGGAGUACAACUUCCAAGAUGCAGAUGUUAGAAAACCAGUCAGGUUCCUACAGGCGCUUAGUUCAUUGACAGUCUUAACAACAGCCAGUACUCUGGCAUCAAGCUCAGCUUCUCCACCAACAUUGUUGGGGAAGGUUUAUAUAAAAAUCCAAUUGGAGUUUCACACACUGGGUCCAAAACCUAGUAAGGAUUACAUUCUAAACUUGGCCAACUCUAAGCUCAACCCACGUUACAGAAAUAAAGAAGACGCAACACCAACCCAGGUUACUAGCCUUGUGGAUAUUACCUAUACAGGACUUAAUGAUACCUCAUAUGCUCUCACAUUUGAAUUUGAAAUCAGUAAUGUACUCAUGUCUGAGAAACGUGAACUAAGGAAUGAAACCAAAACUUCAAUCAAAAGCACUAUAAAUACAUUGCUUGUCGACAUCCUAAAUGAUCCCUCAGCUUCUCAGUUUGAUCUGCAAAACGUUGAAUUCGAUGAUAAUAGCACAGUGAUUCUGGCCAGUGUGCAGUAUGUUUUCUCACAAAGUGACUUGAACACAAACAGCACCUUUGUCAAGGAAAUAUUCAGUGCUAAGGAAGUCUUAACGACAGCCAGUGCUCUGACAACAAGCAUAACUUCUCCACCAACAUUGCUUGGGAAGGUGAUCAUAUACAUCCGCCUUGUUUUUAAAACACGGGGUACUAUCCCAAGUGAGAGUAACGUUGUAAAUGUGGCUAACACCCUGUUGAGUGGAAUGAAACUGAGAAUUAAACGAUCCCUCACAACAAAACUUCCGACUGAGAAUGUGAACUUUGUGAAUGUCACCUAUACAAAAAUUGAUGAUAACUCCUUCUCUCUGAACUUUGGAUUUGAAAUCAGCAAUGUGUCCAUGUCUGAAAAAGUUGAAUUCAGGAAUGAGACCUACACAGAGAUCCAGAAAUAUAUAAAUUCAUUUGUGUCCACGAUCCUGAAUAAAACAACAACUACUAACUUUAAUUUCAAUCAAAUCGUUUUCAAGGGAAACUCCACCGUGAUUGAGGCCAACGUAGAGUAUGUUUUCACAGACAGUGACAUCGGCAGCUUCGGCUUGGUCUUUACUUUGCUUGGACCUACUACAACAGCCGCUCCAACCACCUAUUACCCCACAGUCCUGACCACUGCAAUCUUAAACAAUAGUACAAACGCAGCAUGGGUUGUGGCUAUCAUUGUCCCCUGCGCUAUUGUCAUUGGGCUCGUACCUUGCUGGAUUCUUCUUUGCUGUUUGCUGUGUGGUUGCUGUGGAGCAAUCAGGAGACGUUGGCACAGAAGACGGUCAUACAAUGUACAGUACACAACUCGAAACAGCAUCUUCUAGAGAUUUUCAAGAACAGACUUUGAUGCUUAAAAUAUUAAUUUUCCUGUAUUGCUGGGCAUACAGAACCUCUCUAAAUGUGAUGCAACUGUGAUUUAAAAAACAACAACUUCUAUUUAAGGAAUGAUUUUAUUUAUUUAAAAAACUGUUAUGUAAAGUAAUGAGAAUCUUGUUUUCUAAAUGAAAGAUUAAUUUGGUAGUAUGUAUUUAAUGUUAUGGGAAAAAUAUAAAAUGUGUUGAUCACUUCUUUAUUCAAACUUAAUGUACUUUAUCUAAUAUAA